CGGACAAUGCUAUGAUAUUUCUCUCCGGAACAGAAACCAAGGGUGCAGUCGCUUCAGGGUGUUAUUUAAGUUAUCACUAUGAUGGACAACCAAGCCAAUAACAACACAACCGAUCUUCCACCGGCACCAGCUGUCCCUGCUUUACGACAAAGAGAGGACGAAGAAGACAUCAUGGCUAUGUUAGAAGCCAGAGUCGAUCCUGUACAAGAAGACCUACCACCUGCACCAGCUGUACCGGAAGUACAACAGAACUCAGACCAAGAUGACAUCAUCGCUGUGCUGAGAGCUCAAAGAGAUCGGAAACAAGAAGAGAAAAUGAAACAAAAAGCCAAACAGUUUGCCAUGGUUGGUGCCAUAGAAAAGCAAGACAGUGAAAAACUUCAACAACUGAUUCAGGAUGGAGUUAAUAUUGAUGCUGAAAUCAUAUUUACCAGGACACCACUGACGCAUGCUAUAGAACUUAGACACGAAAACAUCGCAAUACAAUUAAUAGACAAUGGUUGCGACCUAUAUUUACCGGUUGAUGAAUUUCCGUAUCCUCAACCAAUUCAUCUAGCUGCAAGGGAAGGUUUGCCAAACGUAAUCAGGAAGCUAAUCGAAAACGAGGUUGAUCCGAAUGUGAUGGAUGCCGAUCAGAUGUCACCGUUAACAAUUGCAAGUCACUACGGACAUGUAGAAGUAGCUGAAUUGCUUAUUCUAUCUGGUUGUAAUAUAAACUUUAGGGACAGCUGUUAUAGGACCCCAUUACACCGUGCCGUAGAAGUUGGAUCAAUAGAAGUGACUUCAGUGUUAUUAAAACACAAGGCUGAUAUAGAUGCAAGCGACAUUAAAGGAUGGACGCCAUUACAUAUGGCAGUGGCAUUGGAUCAUCAAAAUAUCGUCAACCUUCUAGUAGACAAUAACUGCUCCUUAGAUUAUUAUGAUACCAAUAAUAAAACUCCAUUGACUAUUGCUUGCGAUUAUUUGAGCAGAAGUAAUGUCGAUAUUGUCAGAGCUACACAAUUUAGUUAUGACGGUCGAACAAUAGAUUUUCUUCAAGGGAGAUAUCUUAGUCUCUUGCAAAGAUCAAGAGAACAAAGAGAAUUAUUGCAAACCGUCGUGAAACUUAUAAACGCCGGUGCAAAUGUUGACGGUCAUGAAUUUCGGCCAAUCACUGCUGCCGCCUAUGGUAACAAUUCCGAUACUGUAUACCUGUUAAUCAAUGCUAGCGCAUGGAUUCCUCAGGACUGGUUUCUGUUCUCUCCUGAUGUACAAUUAGGUCAUAAAAUGACACAACUUAUAGACUGGAUAACAGCUCAAUAUUUGUUGCAAUUUACUUUACUAAGGCAAUGCAAAAGGACCAUUAGAAAAACACUGGCGAAACGAUGUUACAACAUUGAUAUCGGAAUAGAAAAUCUCCCUUUACCCCCGGGAAUUAAAUCCUUUCUUCGAUGAAGACACAUCAGUGACAUCCUCAACAAUUUAAUGCUUGCUACAUUAUCAAUAAGAUUUUCAAUUGAAAUUAUCAUUUCGAUUUGAGUUUAUCUUUAUUGUAUGAAAAAAGGUUCUCAUCAUUGUAGUUAUUCAGAAAAGGAGAAAAUUCAUCCAGUCCCCAGUUUCGGACCAAAAUUAAAAAAAAAGACUUGUGCGAAUUAUAUGUAACAGUUAUAUUAGCUUAGAACAUAAUUGUCAAGAUCUUCCGCUGUUUACACAUUAUUUUUGUUUUGUGGCAACUGCAAUUUUGCACAUUCAUAAUCAUCAAUUUUAUUAUAUAUAUAUUGCAAAACAUUUUCUCCGUAUGUGAUUUGAAUUCUCUUCAAUAUAUUGGAAUCAAAUUGACGAACACAUUAUGACCCCCUUUCGUUUUCGUAUAUUGCGGUAAAUUCUGUUUUCUUCUCUCUUUAUUUCAUUAACUAGCUGCAUUUUGCGUCUUCUCAACACUUUUUUUUCAGAUCUGUAAAUCAACUUACUUCAUGAGAUUUCAAUUUGAUGAUUAGUAAUAAAUCAAAAUUUUCUGUGUAGAAUUUAAAGUGCAUGUGACACCCUGUAGUGAAUAGAUCUCAAAAGCUAGGACGAAAUCUUCCUUGCACAAUCUGUGUUUUAUUUGUUAACCGUUUGGAUUUUUUUGUGAUGCCAUUUUAUGUAACUGCACUACAAUGUUGCGUGGUUUGAUUAAAAAUAUA